GAGGAUCUUCCAGUGGAUAUGCCCUCCCAAUCCCAUAAAACCGACGAAAAUAUGGCCAUAGAAGACCGCCAAAAGUGCCCCAAUGAGGAGUGGCAUGGCUGGCUUCAAGUCCUCGUAUCUCAUCUCUGCGUCUUCAAUUCUUUCGGCUUCAUCAACGCAUUUGGAAUAUUUCAGCAGUAUUAUUCAACAACGCUCAACUUGCCCCCAUCCACAAUCUCAUGGAUCGGCUCAUCCCAAGUGUUCCUCGUCUACUUCAUUGGAACCUUCUCCGGCCGCACUUUAGAUCUGGGCCAUUACCGGCUUACUCUCUUCGCGGGACUAUCCCUCCAAAUCAUUGGGAUAUUUACGAGUUCUGUGAGUACGCAGUAUUGGCAGCUCCUCCUCUCCCAAGGCAUCUGCAAAGGCCUUGGGGAUGGAUUAAUAUUCUGCCCUGCCGUCGCCAACGCCGCGACGCACUUCGCUGGGAACAGAUGGAGAGUAAUGGCAAUCUCGAGCGUGGCAUGCGGCGGUGCGACGGGCGGGAUGGUAUUCCCCGCCAUCGCCCUAACACUCCUGCAUCGCAUCGGCUUCCCCUGGACCGUAAGAAUCAUGGGCUUCGUUAUGCUCUUCAACGCCGUCGUCAUCGUCUCCCUCGCCGCCUCGAAACCCGGUAAAAGGAAAAGAGGCCCGCUGGUUGAGUGGAAAGCCUUCGCCGAACCCCCCUACCUUCUCUACAACAUCAGCAUGUUCCUCGGUUUCAUCGGCGUCUGGCUAGCAUAUUUCUACGUCCGGCCAUUCUCUCGAAACGUCCUGCACGUCUCGGAACGCACCUCAUUCAACCUCAUCCUCCUCGUCAACGGCGUGGGUGUGCCUGGGCGCCUCGUUCCAGCUCUGAUAGCGGAUAGGCUGCUCGGUCCAAUCAACACCUUCAUCCCAGUCAUGCUGUUCGCGGGCGUCUUCCUCUUUAUCUGGAUCUCUAUCUCCUCGGUCGCCGGUGUCACUACGUUCACCAUAUUCUACGGCUUCUUUGGGGCAGGUGUGCAGAGCCUGCUCCAAGCCGCUCUUGCGAGCCUGAACCCUGAUCCUAAAAGAGCGGGUAUUAGGAUCGGGAUGGGCUUCAGCGUUGUGGGAAUUGCGUCUUUAAUAGGUAGUCCGAUAGGAGGCGCGCUCAUUGAGAAGGCGGGCGGUGCGUACUUGUACGCGCAGGUGUUCGCAGGGAGUAUGAUGAUUGCGGGGAGUGUCGUACUCGUUGCGGCCAGGGUGUCGAAAACUGGAUGGAACCUGAGGGAACGGAUGUAGCUACCACAAAAUGCGAAGGAUGUCAGAC